CUUUUAGUUUGAAUUGCGCAAUCAACUAAUCCGGAAAUUGAGCUUCCUAUCGGUUCAGUUUGUACAUCACUCAUUUGAAGAUGGCUUCGUCCUUUUGGAAAGGUGUCGUGGGUUUUGGCCUUUUUGCUUUGGCACAUGCGGCGUUCUCUGCGGCACAACACCGAUCCUACAUGCGCCUUACAGAAAAGGAGAAUGAAACGCUACCCAUAGAUAUUGUCCUCCAGACGUUGUUAGCGUUUAUAGUGACUUGUUAUGGAAUAGUUCACAUCGCUGGAGAAUUCAAAGACAUGGAUGCAUCCUCAGAACUGAAAAACAAGACGUUUGACACGUUGAGGAAUCAUCCUUCGUUCUAUUGUUUCAACCACCGGGGCCGCGUGCUGUUUCGCUCCCCAGAAGAGGAGCCCUUGACGGCUCCUCAAGCAGCACCCUCAAACCCCCUACGGUUACGCAAGCUGGAGAACUUUAAUUGAGACUGGCCUUUACCGGGCUACCGUGCCCAUCUUUCUCCGUCUCUCUCUGUCUUUUUUUUUUUUUUUUUUCUUUCUCUCACUUUGUGCAUCAGUGAGCGCCUGGGUUGGUGAGGGAUGGGGGAAGAUAAGAACAGAUUUCCCCUGUCCUUAACUUCUCUGCAUAUGGUGUAUAUGCUGUAUAAAUUUGCAUCUCUUCAACAGUGAUUUCCACAUGUACAUCUUUGGACUGUGCCAACUCCUUGUUUUUUUUCCAGCUGACUUGUUUGUAAAUAUUGUUAAUGCUUGGGAGUCUUAAGGUUUGAAAAGAAGAAAAAUCUUCCCUGUCCCCAGUCCUGGCAGGCUUUGUCAGAGGCACAUUUCAUUCAUGUCACACAAAGGGGUUCAGUAACACCUCAUAUUAAAAACUCACAUCAACCUCCACAUUUUAGGCUGAGCAGCUGUUCCUGACUGAAUUAUGUUCUUCCUGGCCAUGACCUCAAACAAGGGGAUGUCCAAUGGACCAUACAGUGUAUUUAUGUUUUUUCAUGUUCAUCAAUGUCUGGAUUUUCAAAAUAGUUUGUUAUGCAAUAAACACCUGAGGUCAUGGAAAUAUGUUAACGAUAUCUGUAAAAGUUGAAACCGACAAGAAUUGAAGGCAGUUUAGCACCGAUGCUAAUAGCACCGAUGCUAAUGAUACUGUGAACAUGUAGUGGAGACUAAUGGUACACUUGUUUUUCGGGAGAAUGUUUGUAAUUUUGUUCCAAUUUUAUGUUCUAACAUUUUUAACUUAAAAAUAAUAAACUCUGAAAUUUUAUGGAA